GGUGGAGGGUGGUAGUGGCGGGACCUGAAGAGGAAGCCAGGUGGAGUGCACUGUGUUAGCGGUAUCUCCUGGCAGAUACGAUCUGGCGCCCCCAGCCCUUUGAUCCAGUUAGCUUUUGGGCUGGUUUCGUGUUCUGGCUUGAGACUUGGAGCGGGACUUUGGGCAGACUCGGGCUUACGGCAUUCCCACCCUUAAGACAUUGCAGCCCUUACCGCCUCCCGCGCCUCGUACACGCCCCGGCACCUGCCGUAGGCCUCCGUACAUCUCUCACGCACUUCUGACGCAAAUGUUUGGGAGUCAAGUGUUUCCUUCAGUGUCUGGCCGUGUCCCAGCCAUCAGAAGAGAAGAAACUCUCCGGGUGUGACGUUCUUUCCACUAGAAGUUUGGAAGAACUUCCUUCUAAAAUCAGACUUUCGCUUCUUUGGAGAGAAAAAAAUUACCUGUGGUAUCAUGUUUUUGUGUGAUAUUUGUGGUGAAACAGUAGCCUCAGAACCAGACAUGAAGACUCACCUUCUAAUUGUCCAUAUGGAAAAUGAAGUUAUCUGCCCAUUUUGCAAGUUGUCAGGUGUAAAUUAUGAUGAAAUGUGUUUUCAUAUUGCAACUGCUCAUUUUGAGCAGAAUGAACUGGAAAGAAACUUCGAGAGGAUCAAUACAAUGCAGUAUGGAACUUCAGAUAGCAAAAAGGACAAUACUCUACAGCAUAGAAUGGAAGUUAAUUCAAAUCUUCAGUCAGCUUGUGCAUCUAAUCAUCCGAAAAGUUCAGCUCAAAGCCUGCCUGAGGAUGGUACUUUGAAACACAAAGCCUUUUGUUCAGAGAACUUAACUGAAUCUAGAAAAUUGCUGAAAAGUAGGGAAAAACAAUUUGAUCUGACCAAAAUAAAAGGACCAAUUUAUGAAACGAUGUAUAGUCCUCCUGAAUGUCCAUUCUGUGGGAAAAUAGAAGUUUGUAGUCAAGAUAUGGAAACUCAUGUGAAAACAAAGCAUGCCAAUCUUUUAGACACUCCUUUAGAAGGUAUGGAUAGAGUCCAGUGUUCUAGGGAUCUAGAAUUGGCUCACCAGCUUCAACAGGAAGAAGACAGAAGGAGGAGAUCUGAAGAAUCAAGACAAGAAUUGGAAGAAUUUCAGAAGCUGCAGGUACAAAGUUUAAUAGCAACUAUAAUAUUUUGGUUCGGUAGGGUUCUUUUUUUUUUUUCCUUCUGUGACUUUUUAUUAACUGGGGUUAUGGGGAGGGUUUUAUGAGAGCACAUCCUUAGAACAUUAGGAAAUUACAGACAGACUUGAGAUAAGUGUCAGA